CCCACUGCCCAGUGCCCACACAUAAACAUUAUUACUCCUGUGCUUUGUAGUGAUCAGAUCUACAUCUUGUCUGUUUCCAUCACUUCUCUCUUUAUUUUCUAGAAAUUAUGAAUAAUCCAAGAUCGGCUAGUCCUUCAGUUUCUCUGGCAACCUCAGAUCUAUUAGACAAACAACGUCAAUCGAGUCAUGGAGAGUUCACACGACUAGACAAACGAAUGGGAGGGAGAAGGAUGACGUUUCACUCCAAGUCUAUGCCUAGAGGUUCCAUGUUUCUUGGCCAAGAAGCUUCUAGAAACUCCCAUGACAAGAGGUUUGACCUAUUCAGGACCAUGUCAGGGAAACUCGAACGUCAGAUCUCGAAUUUACGUGGAAAACCCAUUGACAGAUCAUUGCAAGAGGAUAAAGAGAUCACUGAAUCUUUAACCGCUGAUAGAUUCUUCGACGCUCUUCAAGGCCCUGAACUUGAUACUCUCAAGGAGAAGGAGAAGAUAGUUCUCCCUGAUGACAAAACGUGGCCGUUUCUUCUUCGGUUCCCAAUCACAUCGUACGGGAUGUGUCUUGGAGUAAGCAGUCACGCCAUCAUGUGGAAGACCUUAGCAACCACAGACGCCGAAAAGUUCUUGCACGUGACGCAAGUGGUCAACCACGUGCUCUGGUGGAUCUCUCUCGUCCUCCUCAUCGCUGUCUCCAUCACUUACCUCUUCAAAACCAUCUUCUUCUUCGAGGCGGUCCGCCGCGAGUUCAGACAUCCCAUCAGAGUCAACUUCUUCUUCGCUCCCCUCAUAACAGUCCUCUUCUUGGCACUUGGGAUCCCACAUUCCAUCACCUCGAGCCUUCCCACUAUACUUUGGUACUUCUUUAUGGCUCCAAUCUUGUUUCUUGAAAUGAAGAUUUACGGACAGUGGAUGUCUGGUGGACAACGACGCCUCUCCAAAGUUGCUAACCCUACAAAUCACCUUUCUAUUGUUGGUAACUUCGUUGGAGCACUUCUUGGAGCAUCGAUGGGGUUAAAAGAAGGACCGAUGUUUUUCUUCUCCAUAGGGUUGGCUUAUUAUAUGGUCUUGUUUGUGACUCUGUAUCAGAGACUUCCCACGAACGAAACCUUACCUAAAGAGCUUCAUCCUGUUUUCUUCCUCUUUGUGGCUGCACCGGCCGUCGCUUCCAUGGCUUGGACCAAGAUCUCUGACUCUUUUGAUCUCGGUUCGCGUCUAGCUUACUUCGCCUCCUUGUUCUUGUGCUUCUCUCUGGUUGUUCGGAUUAACUUUUUCCGCGGAUUCAAAUUCUCGCUAGCUUGGUGGGCUUACACGUUUCCGAUGACGGCCGUGGCCACCGCGACGAUAAAAUACUCAGGGGAAGUCACCGUAGUAGCAACUCAGAUACUGUCGGUUUUAUUGUCGGGAGCAGCAACGCUGACGGUGAUAGGUGUCCUGGUAAUGACGGUGGUGCACGCUUUUGUCAAAUGUGAUCUCUUCCCCAACGAUGUCGCCAUUGCAAUAAGUGCAGAGCAACCAAAGCAGAAGAAAUGGUUCAAACAGCUCAAGGUUUUGGAUCCGGAAGAUAAUCAAAUAGAUGUAGAAGCCCCUCCUUUAUUAAAUGCAUAGUGUCACACGGAUUAAAUAGCCCAAUGAUUCAGCUUAGAGGUGUGAACCAAAGUAUAAGCAAUUUAUAAUAAAGCAUACAAGAAAAAAUGUAAGGAUCUAGUCUCCGACAAUGAUACAGGGUUGCUGCUUUGUCAGACUUAAGCUGGGGAGUUUCACUCUCACAAGUAUCAUCUUUUCUCAUGUC